GAGCUGUCGCCUCUGCUUACUUCCGCAACGCACCGAAAAUCUCCAUGAAUAUUGAAAUAUACGCCUAUUCUCUCUGAGCUUCCUUUCGCUCGGUUUUCUAGGCUAGGGCUUCUCAUUUCUCCAGCUUUUUACUCUUUUGCAGAGCCCCUCUUCUGUCCAUCUAUCGAUUGGAGAGAAUUUUCGAAGAUUUCGUACUUCAAAAUCAGCUCAGGAUCGCCAUAUGCCUCCGCAUUUGCAGAACACACACACACGUUGAGAGUGAAAGUGUGUGUGUGUGUGUGUGUGUGUUUCGAACCGCUCGGUUUUGGUUCAGUUGUUUUUAUUAAUUUUUCUUUUCCAGAGGGUGUACUGAGAGGAAUGGAGGAGGAGAUGGAAGAUAUGGUGGAGUAUACAUUUACGGUUAUAGAGAUUGAUCUGGAUUACGAGUUCGAUGCGCCGAGAUACUUUGAUUUCAGCUGCGAAGAGUCGCCGGCGGAUUCGCGUUGUGCUGAGAGCUGGUUUGAAUCGGCCGGGACCUAUCCGCCUUCUCCUUUUGUCAGGAAGUUAAUUAUGAGUGAAGAAAUGUGGUCUGAAAACAUUAAUAUCUCCCCUAAACCCAAAGAUGCGGAUAACAUGAGUUUGUCAGAAAGUGGCUCUGAUAUUGAGGUUGAGCAAGAUGCUUUUGCUACAGAAGCGAGUAAUUCAGGAAAUGAUACAGAAGUUGCACCUAUUUUCUAUAACAACAAUGCAUGGAAAUUUCAGAAUCAACCCCAAGUAUUGCCGUCAGGUCUGACUUUCUACAAUCACAUUGUGAAAGAUAAUUCAAAAGCAAAAAAUAAAUCUGCUGGGAAGCCUUCUUAUCCCAGGACCUCAACUCUAAUGAAACCUACAGCAAGUCACCUGGCCAAGCAAAAUCCAUCCCACCUAGUUGGUGGAUCAAGAUUUCUAAACUCUGUGCUCGAGAAAAAUGAAACAAACACAACUAUUAGUGAGACUCAAGCUAACAAGAGACAGAAGCUUGAGGGUGGUCUGCUGCGCAAGGUUGCUGAUGCAAAGCCGCAAACUAACUUCCUUCAUAAGGCACCAAAAAGGGAUGGAACUGCAGUUGGGAAUUACUUGCUGGCUAAGCCCAGGAUUACAAUUCCUAGAGAGCCUGAUCUUGAAACAGCUCUUAGAGCACAAAAACAGAGGCCAAAACCACAGAAAGAAGCUGAAAAUGGGACAUCAGUUGUGUAUAGAUUUAAAGCUCGUCCUUUGAACAGAAAAAUCUUUGAAGGUCCUUCUUUGCUUCCAAAGAGAAGUACUCCACAACUACCCCAGUUUCAAGAGUUCCAUUUAAAGACGUCAGAGAGGGCCAUGCAACACAAUUCAACAGUAUUAACUUCCAAUAUUGAUAAGGUAUUACAAAAUUCUAAUUACAGUUCCACUGUAGAAUGCGGAAAUAGAGAGCCCAGAAGACCCAAUAUUGUGGAUCCUCCGAAGCAGGAUGAAUCCGUGCCAACACACAAUUUCAAAGCUCUCCCUCUUAAUAAGAAGAUACUUUCAAGCAGAGGUGAUAUGGGGGUUUUUCGUAACAUCAAGAAGGAAAUCACUGUGCCUAUGGAAUUUAAUUUUCAUACUGAGAAGAGAGUUCAUCAACAUAAUCCACCAAUUGAACUCUUUAACAAGUUGUCUCUAACAUCGGGAACCAAAUCAAGUGCUGAUGCUCAUACAAAGCCGCUACAGCCUGCCUGCAUACCGACAAAGGGUUCUAAAGAAAAUAGAUGGGCAUACUUUCAACAAAAUUGUGAGAUAAAGCAUAUGGAGAAAGGAAAGUCACAAGGUCUUCCGGCAAAGGAGCAGAUUCAGUGUUUCGCUGAUGGGGUCACAACUGGCAUUGCUCAUGGCGCUUGCAACAACUACAGGAGGUGACAUAAAAUGAAGCAAGUUUCUAUAACACACAACCGCCAUCAGGUUGUUCCAGUCCCCCUGCCUCUUGUUUAAAUUCGGCAGGUCAAUACAACAUAGCACAACGUAAAUAACGAUGGUCGCUUUUCUUGGAUGCUGCAUACAAGGCUUCAUUGUUCGUCUGUAAAAAUCUCACUCUUACACCUCAAAGUACUGUACUCUAGUCAAAAUGUCUCAAUAAAAUGUCUGCCAGUGCUGAAAAUGUGCACUUUUUCUUGCUUGCCA